GCCAUCACACAAUUAACACAAUCAAUCAACACACACAUUUAUCCAUGUAAAAGGUAGUAAAUUUGAUGUCACACUAGUCAGAACUCCAGGAUUUAUUAAAAGAACCACUGAUAAGUUCAGGCAUAUGUUCCAAACAAUAGCCUACAGAAGUCGAUGAAAGAGAGAAAAGGAAACGGCUAAAGAUGAAUCUAAACUUUUGUGAUUUCUGUCAGUGCCUGGUUUAUGAAAAGUGAAAGAAAUAUGACACAAUUCUUACAAAAUUGCGAGAAAAUUAUAUUGGCGGACCACUGGUGUACGCUCUCUCACAUUAUUUUGUGUGUGUGAGCAGGCUGCACGCGGUCACGCAGCUGUGAAGGAUCGCGCGGAAUGCGUCCCAGCUUGAGCUGGAGCUCGUGAAAGGCGCUCUGAGCGCGAGACCCUCUGCACCCCUUUCGUCAUGGAUUUCAUUACAAAUACUCUUUAAACUGAGUCAGCUGCAUUCCCGCAGAAUAAAACAUUAUACUCGGCCAAUCAACAUUAAACAUUUCCAAAGAAAAUGUCCCGUCCAAAGGUCUCGGAGAGUCAGGGGAGCGAUGAGUCGGACACGGAGCUGCUGCUCGAGACGCUCUCGCCGGAGGAGGUGGAGGAGCUCGAGCGGGAGCUCGUUUAUAUCGACCCCGAUCCUAAUGUACCGGUUGGACUCCGCCAGCGGAACCAGACAGACAAACUGCCGUCCAGAGGAUAUGACAGAGAGGCUAUGCUCGACUACUGUGAGCGGGAGACUAAGAAACUGAUCCGGAGAGAGCUGAGCACAGAGGGAGGGGAAGGCAGAAGGAGAGAUCGACUCCACCGGACGAGGAGCAGAGAGUUUUCCAGGUCACAGAGCGGUGAUCCUCCUGACACGGAGAGCAGAAAUGCUGAGAGCGAAAAAGAUCAGGAGAGAGCAAGAAAAAGGGAGGAUGAUUCUAAAAAUGUAUCUGAUGAAGAUGAAAAAGGCAAAGAGAAGAAAAGGGAGGAGGAGAAGAGAGAAAGAGAGAGGACCGAUAAUAAGACAGAAAGUGGAAAAGAGCUUUUUAGAAAAGAAAGAGGAAGUAGCAAAACUCUAGACCUCAUAUCUAAACUGCAAGAGAAAAAAGAUGAUAAGAAAGAAAGAGGGAGAAAGGAAGAGAAAAAAGUGAGUGAAAACUCCAAAAUACGAGGGUUUGUCUCCAAACUACAAGACGCCGAAGACCUAAAAGUAAAAGACAGUAAGGCAGAUGUCAAGAAACAAUAUGAAAGCAGAAAUAAAACCAUAGAAGAACCAAAGAACAACAGGCCAGAAGGAAGAGUAAACCUUAAAGAUGUAGAAACAGAGGAAAAGAGAAACAGAUCUAGAAAUAUAGAAGAGAGAAGCAGAAAAAGAGAGAGAGUAGAGGAGGAUGAGAAACAUCACUCACAGAGAGAUACAACCACAGCACAGAAAGAGAGAGAAAAAGAAGUGAAACAAUCAGAAAACAAUGAGGUGAAAAUAUCUUCAAUUUCCAGCCAUAAAGCCUCAUUGAACUCUUAUGGCACGGACAACCGUUCUGCUACUGAGGAGGAUGAGUCUUUUAGUGAAGAUGUGGACAGCGACACUGGCUCCAGCAUGUUUGAUGACCUUCUGGAGCAGGUUCGCAGUGAUGACCCUGAACUAACAGAGCUCAACGUCAAUAAUUCAGACGCCAUUAAGACAGACACCCUGAUACAGUUUGCAGAAGGUCUUCGCAGCAACACUCACAUCAAAACUUUCUGCCUUGCAAACACAAGAGCGGAUGAUCAUGUUGCGUUUGCCAUCGCUGGAACCCUACGAGAUAAUUCCACCCUGACCAGCAUCAACCUCGACUCGAAUCAUUUAACAGGCAAAGGAAUCCUGGCCAUCAUCAACUCUCUUCAGCACAACAGCGCGCUUAUGGAGCUGAGGUUUCAUAACCAGAGACACAUCUGCGGGGGGAAGACUGAAAUGGAAAUGGCCAAAGUCUUACGUGACAACUCUUCACUGCUGAAGCUGGGAUAUCACUUCGAGUUGGCUGGGCCCAGGAUGACCAUGACGAACAUCUUGAGUCGAAAUAUGGACAGGAAGAGGCAGCAACGACUAGAAGCACAAAAACUCGCCAGACAGGAGACUAACUCCACCCUACGUGAAGAUAAGAGCUCACCUGAGAAGAAUAAGCCAACAACAUCAUCCAUCAACACUCAGAAGAAAGACUCUAAAUUUGCUGCCCUCUCAAAAUUCACUUCUGCUCAGGAAACUCCCAAAGCUCCGCCCCCAAAGUCACCUUCCAGACCCCUCCCAUCUGAGGUAACAGGAAAGAAAGAAGGGGCAACAGGAAGUCGACAAGCUCCUCCACCUCCUCCUCCACCCCCUCCUGGCCCAGCGUUAGAUGUUCAGGCCCUGAGGAGGUCACUGACCCCAAUCUCUCAGAGAAAACCAGAUGGCAGUGCAGCUGUCCGACAGACGGACAGGAGCUCCAGAGAUCAGCUACUGGACUCUAUCAGAAACUGCAGCAUGAACGCUCUCAAAAAGGUUGAGAUCCCUAAGCGGUUGAGAUAGCAUCUGUCCAGUGUAUGUGCUUCUACCUUCAGAUUCCCCUGCAGUCCUCCAGUGCCCCAUCGUCAUGGAGGAGUCACUGAAUCCUCAAGAUGAGAUUCCUCCUUAACCGGCUUAGACACUCCGAAAUACAGCCAGUUUGGAUUAUUUGACAUCUAAAUGUUUGAGGUGGGAUUGGGACACAGUGUGAUUUUUCCAGGAUUGACACCUAACCAGUCAUCAACAUUGAAGCUGUGAGGAGCAUCUGUUGGGGUUUAAGGGUCCUCAGAGAAAGAUUUGUCAAAUAAAUCAGAUACAUUUUGACUAUUUGUUCUCAACUUUUGUCAUAUUUUAUAAUAUUCUUACACCUGUCUUGAAGCGGUACUACUAAUCAUUACUCUGUCUAGAAUGCAAUAUGCUAAAUAAAACUCAUAAAGGGGUCAUGAACUCAGAAACCAAAAUUCCCUUGAUCUUUUGACAAAUAAGAGGUCAUUGUAUUAUAAAAACGCAAUCAUGUUUAAAGCCUGUUAUUCUGGAUGUUAACUUAUUUAGUUUGAGUAUUUGUGUACAUUUUUCACAAGCUCUGAGAGAAAGUCCACGGGAGUGGGCGGGAGUGGACACAAACAUUGCGGGGGCGGGCGGGAGUGGAAUACGCAGUUUGCGGGAGCGGGCGGUCCUGGUCAAAAAUUCAGCGGGAGCGGGCGGGUGCGGGUUUAAGAAAAUAGUCCCACGCAGGGCUCUAAACCCUGCUUCUGCAGAAGAUCAACGCCUGCUUCUACAGCACUGCCUGUUUAGCCCCACUCACUGAUUCGUGCAUGUAGUGUUUACGAGAGAGGCAAACGCGCUGGUCUAAGCAGAAACCAAAUGAUAAAGAUGGCUUUGAAGACAAACAAGGUGCUGUGCAGUGACAAAUUGUGGAAAAAACAGUCUUUGCAUUGCCUUCCCUCUGAUCCCAACAUUAAGAUCUUUAUUUUUAAUGAAGUUCCAGACCUCAUAAGUAAGAACUCAGUCCUUUGUUCACUUCAUUUUACCACAGAUUAAUUUACAAACAUUGGAUCCGACAGUAAUGUCUCAACACAAGUGUGAGUAACUGUAUUCACAACGUGAUCACUAUUGCUUUGUCAAAAAAACAAAAACAAAGGCAGUUCAUGACCCCUUUAAAGAAUCUCAAAAAAGCCCCAAGUAGUGAUCUUCCUUGAUGUGAUGUGUUUGUUAAACAGUAGGACAUUCUACAUGAGAUCUAUAAACUAUUCUGAUUUAUGCAUGCGAUAUUGUGUUCAGUUACGUGAUCUGUUUAGCCAUGGAUUUUUCAUCUGGACUUUUGAGAGUUUGAGCUUCUGUAUUAAAUUAUAUACUGUUUAAAAAUA